AUGAGGGGUCGAGGUCGAGGCACUGGCUCAGGCCGUGGCACAGGCCGAGGACGCGGACGAGGAGAUGACCAUGUUGUUGGCGAUACCGACGUUGCUGAGGAGCAACAACAGCUGGAGACCAGAGGACCUAUUCAGCCUCGGCAGCAGCGUGAGCCUGGCGAGCCCCCGGCUAUUCUGGACGACCAGGGCAGGGCGAGGGUUCAUCCAGACCCUAGCAGGACUUUGUUGCUGGACUCAGGGCCAGUUUCUCGUGCCAUCAGAGAGAUUUUUAGGAAGUGCUGGUUCGAGACUGGCUAUGCAUGGCGCUUUCUGACUGCGGAUCAGAGGGAUUUCUAUUUCCAGGAGUUCCAGAAAGAAUUCUGGUGGGAUAGUUCGGUCUACAGCGACGAGCUCAUCAGACAGGUCUUCAUGACCCACGCAGCCACUCGCUACAAAGACAACGUCCAUAAAAUGAAGUCCAAAAAGCAGAAGCAUAAAUCUGUGGGCCAAGAUAUAUGGGAUGCCUGGAAUGUCUUCUGGGACACAAAGGCGGAGAAGAAGAAGUCGGAGAUAGCCCGGGCAAACCGGAUGAGCGAGCCGGCGGGCGCCGGUACUGGACCGGUCCGUCAUACCGGGGGAUCCCGCUCUGCUAUCAAGCAUAUGGACGUGAUGGCUAAGGAGUUCGGCCGGAAACCGAGUGCGACGGAGCUAUACACUCGCCUUCACUCCACGAAGGGUGAGAAGAAGCUUGUAGACAAGCGGGCUCAGAACAUGACUGACGCUAUUGCUGAGAGGCUGGCUGCUGCGACUCAGUCGCCGACCGGAGAGGGUAGCUCGACGAGUCCAGCGGAGGUGGAUGAGACCCAACUGUUUCUGGACAUCGAGGGUGUCAAUAAGAAGCACCGCGUGUACGGUUUAGGGUCGGCGAGUAGCAGGUAUGCAGCCCCCAGUAGCAGCAGGGCGCAUCGAGGCAGCUCUUCUAGGUCGACACAGCUGGCGGACGAGGACAUCGAGCGCCGUGUGCAGACAGGCAUUCAGGAGGGCCUGCGAGAGGUUGAGGAGAGGUUAGCGGAGCAAAAUCGUCAACAGCUGGCAGAGCAACGGCGUGAGCACCAAGCGGCAAUGGCCCAGCUUAUCCGAGAGGAGAUUGUAAGGAUGAUGCCUAAUCUUCCUCCAGAGUAUCAGCCACAGUUUCCCGCUCCCCCACCAGACCGUGAUGACACUACAGAUUUGUAG